CACCCCGCCCACUGCGCUCAUAGGCCCCUCCCCUGGGACAGCGCCUAGCCCCGCCUACUCCGGUUAUAUGCCCGCCCCCGGUCGGAAUUGCAGAAACCCCGACUUUGGGGCAUAUUUACAUAAUACCACCCAUUCCCGAUUUCAGUAACGCCUCCAGCCCCGCCCAUUCCGGGUGUAGGCCCCGCCCACUACACGCUCAGGACGUCUGCUAAAUAUGCCCAGCAGUUUCUUCUAGUGGUUCAAAAGCGCCAACCCUGGGUCCAAACUGCCAAGAGCCUGCAGCUGGUCAGAUUUGCGUAGCCCCGCCCAUUGUGCUGUUAGAUUCCGCUUUCCCGCUAAGCCGGCCCUCUCCUUAAACCUUCCCCCACCGAAAAAAAAAAAAAAAAACCCAUUGCCUUGGAGUCAACUCCGACUCUUAGUGACCCUAUAGGACAGAGUAGAACUGUCUCAUAGGGUUUCCAAGGCUGUAAUCUUUAAAAAAGCGGAAAGCCACAUCUUUGUCCCACUGUUCUCCCACCAAGCCGUGGUGGAUUCAAACUAAUGAGCUUUCAGUUAGCAGCUGAGCACUUAACCACUGCACCACCAGAGCCCCUUAAACCCAAAAACCCAGUGCCGUCGAGUCGAUUCCGACUCAUAGCGACCCUACAGGACAGAGUAGAACGGCCCCAUAGUUUCCAAGGAGCGCCUGGCGGAUUUGAACUGCCGACCCUUUGGUUAGCAGCCGUAGCCUUAGGGUCCUCUGUUUUCUUAGAUGCCUCCUAAACAGACUAACCUCUGUUUUCAGGGCCUCCAACUCUAUUGUCAUCUGCCUAGUAAUCACUGGCGUCGUCCCCUGGCCCCCAGGCCCUGUUCCUAGGUCCCUGGGCCAACAAGAUGCUGGAGCGAGGUGCAGAGCCCGAGGCCGGGGACACCGAUGCUAGUCCCACUGACAAGGAACCAGUCACCAAAGGAGGAGCUCCUCACCAGGGCCCGCCGUCAAAGCCCAGCCAGUCGGCUCCAGGGCCCGCUGCGUCUGCGGGGAUGUCUUCCCGACCCCGCCGGCGGCCCCCGCCCCAGCGCCCGCACCGCUGCCCCGACUGUGACAAGACCUUCUCAUACCCAUCCAAGCUGGCCACGCACAGGCUCGCCCACGGCGGCGCCCGGCCCCACCCGUGCCCUGACUGUCCGAAGGCCUUCUCCUACCCCUCCAAGCUGGCGGCCCACCGCCUCACGCACAGCGGCGCGCGCCCGCACCCGUGCCCACACUGUCCGAAGGCCUUCGGCCACCGCUCCAAGCUGGCGGCCCACCUCUGGACGCACGCGCCAGCCCGCCCCUACCCGUGCCCAGACUGCCCUAAGUCCUUCUGCUACCCCUCCAAGCUGGCGGCCCACCGCCACACGCACCACGCCACCGACGCCCGCCCCUAUCCUUGCCCACACUGCCCCAAGGCUUUUUCCUUCCCCUCCAAGCUGGCCGCCCACCGCCUGUGUCACGACCCCCCCACCGCGCCGGCCAAUCAAGCCUCUGCUCCGCACCGCUGCUCCAGCUGCGGCCAGGCUUUCGGACAGAGACGCCUCCUGCUCCUUCACCAACGCAGCCACCACCAGGCCGAGGGCCAGGGAGAGCGGGAGUGAAUCCUCGUUUGGCUCACGGCCUCCCUCUGCCGCCAGCCCGCGUCAGUGAAGAGGUAGGAUUUCCAAGCCCUGCUAAGUGGACUUGCGUUUCCAUAUAGCCAGCUGGCAGAGAGGGAGACUGGCUGAACUCUAACUUGGAAGGCUGGGAAACUCUUUGCUUACCUGCUUUGGGGAGGGAGAGAUGUCAGCCACAUGGAGCGAGUGCUGGGCCCAAAACCAUAGACCUGGAGCUGUGGUUUGACAGCGCUGGCUUUGGUUUUUCCCCCACUCAUUUACAUGCAAAGGUAAAAAAGUCCGCUAGCAUUGUGGGGAAACAGGCUUUCUCCUUAUUGCUCUAAGUUUAAACCGGUGCCUCCAAUAUGGCCAUUUGACUGUAUCUGUAAAAGGUGAGGCAUUCAUUGCCGGUUCAGUGGUAGAAUUCUCACCCUAUAUGUGGGAGACCUGGGUACAAUUCCCAGCCAAUGUCUCUUAUGUGCAGUGGUGGCUUGCAUGUUGCUAUGAUGCUGAACAGAUUUCAGUGGAGCUUCCAGACUAAGAGAGUCUAGGAAGAAAGGCCUGGAGAUCUUCCAAAAAUCAGCCAAUAAAAACCUGAUGGAUCACAACUGUCUGACCUGCAACCAGUCUUGGGGAUGGGGCAGGGCUAGGCAGUGUUUCCUUCUGUAGUGCACGGGGUCGCCAUGAGUUGGGGGCUGACUCCAUGGCCGCAAUCAACAAGAAAAAGUUUAAAAUGCAUGUGCCAAGUAUUCUGCUUCUAGGAAUUUGGCCAACAGAUAAACUCAAGAAUGUGAGAAAAGGCAUGCAGGUAAGGAACCUCACUGCGACGUGAUGGUUUCGGUCAAAGACUGCCAACAAUCCAAGUGCCCAUCAGUAGGGGACCAGCUAAUGUUACAAUACAGCGACUUAAUAGAAGAAAAAAAAAGACCUCUCCGUAUGUCUCUAUAAGGAGGCUUGGUGGCUCAGUGUUUAAGGGCUUGGCUACUAACCAAAAGGUCAGCAGUUUGAACCUACCAGCAGUUCUGUGGGAGAAAGACGUGGCUGUAUGCUUCCACAUAGCCUUGGAAACCCUGUGGGGCAGUUCUACUCUGUCCUACAGGGUCUCUGAGUCGGAAUCGACUCGACGGCAACGGAUUUGGUCUGGAUAUGUCUCUAUAUGUACUGAUGUGAAAAGACCUCCAAGAUACACUAAGUGACAAAAAGAAGAACAAAAGAUAUACUACUAAUACCAAAAAAAAAAAAAAAAAACCCAGUGCCGUCGAGUCGAUUCCAACUCAUAGCGACCCUAUAGGACAGAGUAGAACUGCCCCACAGAGUUUCCAAGGAGCGCCUGGCAGAUUCGAACUGCUGACCCUUUGGUUAGCAGCCAUAGCACUUAACCACUAAGCCACCAGGGUUUCCCAUACUACUAAUAGUAUACAAAAAUUAAAAAGCCCAGGCUUUGGAGCCAGGCAGACCUGGCUUUGAGCCCUGACCCACUAUUUAUGAGCCACAGGACCUCGGACAAGCUCUGUCACUUCUCUGGACUCAAGAUGAUUAAUCCGUAAAAUGGAAGUGUUUGUAAGUCAUUUGUCCUGGGAAAAAUCAGUUCCCCUCUUGGAGCCUGUUUCUCCUACUACAAAAUAAGAACGGUCGAGCCAACAUUCUUUCCACAGAUAUGUCCUGAGUACCUACUGUGUGCCAGGCACUGCACAGGGCAUCAGGGACCUGGCAGUGAACGAGAAAGACCUGGUCUAGUGGAAAGUGCACACUAAUCAGGUGGUGGCAAAUAUAAAUGAAAAGUAACCAAGACCAUUUUGAAGAACAAGUAGGGAAGCCUUGCCUUCCAAGAUACCAAGAAUUAUUACAAAGCUACAGUAAUGGAGCCUGUAGUGUUGGCCUAAGAACAGACUGGCAGACCAGUGGAAGAGAACUGAGAGCUCAGAAAGAGACCUGUGCUUCCAGGAGGCCUUGACAUAUGACAACCCCAAUCUGUAGCUCAGGGGUCAGCACACUUUUUCUGUAAAGGGCCAGGUAGUACAUACUUUUUAGGUUUUGCAGGUCCUGUGGUCACUGCCAAAGAGCCCCGGUCGCGCAGUGGCUAAGCACUCACUUACUGGCUGGAAGGUUAGUCUUUCUAACCCACCAGCCUUUGCACAGAAGAAAGAUGUGGUGGUCUGCUUCAGUAAAGAUUUACAGCCUUGGAAACCCUAUGGAUCAGUUCUACACUACACACAUGGGGU